AUGUCGAAAAUGUCUCUUUCCGACUCAGAACUCUCUUCGUUAUCGUCUGCGCCUCCGUCAGAUGAAGAAUCUACGCCCAUGGCUCUUGAUGAGCCUGUGGGCAUAACGAAGUACUUCCAGAAAAAGCAGCAGUCCGAAAGUCCGCCACCUAAACGAGCUCCUUCACCCCCUCACGAAUAUGUGUUGGCCGAUAAUCCAGACAUUGCCUUCAUUGUAAUGUUCCGCGCGCGUUUCCACGAAGUAUUCCCACGAUCAACACCACACUUCGGGCCACAGGACAUCGAACGAGGCGUGUCGGAAUCUCCCCCAGGUGACCACAUUGAAAGACUUUUGUGUGCAUUGCUUGGACUGGUAUUGAAUAGGAAGAAGGACGUGGAACGCAAUCAUUAUACGCGCCCGUUAGAAGAAGCCGUUCAAACACAUGCGUCGCAAUGGCCUAAAGCAUGGGGGGGCAAGAAUCCUCUGCAUGGAGGUCGCAGCUUUGCAUUAAUGUCUCCAGAGGAGCGCUCGCUGAUACUAUGGUCCCUCUCCUCCUCGGAUGCCGUCCAAGCGAAAAUUAAGGAAUCUUACAAGCAAGCACGCCACGAAGAUGACUUGAACCAGCCUCUAUCUGUUCAGCCAUGGGGACGUGAUAGUUUGAAGCGCCGAUAUUGGCUCAUUGAAGGUCUCGACGAUACUCAUUUCCGGCUAUACCGCGAGAGCAACCCAGCCUUAAAGCACGUCACAUGGUGGAGUGUGGCUGGAACAAUCCCGGAAUUGCUAAGUGUGGCACAAAAGUUAGAGGAGGAGAAGGGGACCAAUUCUAAGAAGUUGAGUGAGAGGAUAAGGAACUCUAUUCCACGAUUCGAGGGCUCAGAGGAGAAACGCAAACGUCGCGAUUAUCGAAUUGCGCGCAAAGCUGCCUUCUCCCGACCGGAGCCUGGAUUCUCACUGUACGAAGGCCGCACGCGCGGGAAGAAAUUGAAGUAUACAUAUUCUGACGAUGAGGAUAUUUUCUCCGAUGGCCUUCCGCCGCCCCGCCGAUCAGGACGUAACACCUCUGGACCUUCUACCCCUGCAGAGCCCACGGGCCCAAGGUUUACCGCGAGCGGAAGGCAAGUUCGUUCGCGUGCCGGAGGCUUAUAUGGUGAAAGCUUGCUCGCUGGACAGCGCGAGGACACCGACCUUGCGGAGGAUGGCGGUUCUGAGAGACGGCAGCGAACCAGGAUUACAAGGACUAACGGGUACACUGAUUAUGGUAUGGAUGACGAUGAAGACACAAAUUCCAACGACGCACAGUCCAGCGGAAACGAAUGGCAGGGUGGUGAGGAGGAAGACGAAAAUGAUUUCGAAGGCGAUGACGAAGAGGACGUGAGUGGAGAUGAAUCGGUGAUCAACGGGAAACCUCCGAGCCUUGUUGUCCAACUCAGGUACGGCAAACAGGGUGAUGAUAACAAUACUGGAGAACAAAAAGUACAAACUACCUCUGAUAGUCAGAAGGCGGCCACAACUGGUUUGCAACAGCCCGCGCCAGUGGAUAACGCGCCCCAGGAUUCCAUUCCGGAAACACCAGCUAGCCUUGACACCAAGAACGCCCCUGCCGAAACACCUGCUACUUCAGCUCCUCUGGCUUCAAGUGGCGGGGCCACACAGGGUCUUGGUGGCCCCGUUGGCACUACGAUGCCUUCAGUUCAACAACCUGAUGGGACAGUCUAA